AUGGACCUCUGGGGGAUCUCUUUAGAGCCCUUGGUGCUGCCAGUCAUCCUUGGGCAAUUUUCCCUGGCGCUCUUUUGGGGUCACCCUUUCAAGGAGGUGUGGGCCCAAGCUGGAGCAGUGGUGGGCCAGGGAGCUCCAGAAGAAGCUAAGAAGAAGAACUUUGUGCACUAUGAGAACUUCCGGGCCAUGCUGCCUCUCUGGAUUUGCUUGAAUGAUGUGGUGUCCAGCUUGGCGGCAGUAGUCCAGAUGGGGUUGCGGCUCCAGCGUUCCGAUCCUUUGUCCAACGCCGAGGUGGCUUUUCUGUGGCUCGCGAUGAUGAUGGGCUGCUUAUUACGUUUCAUCCACCAAUGUGGAAGCUUUGAGACCAUUCGCCGGGACACGGCCCUUAUGGUCUCGGUGCUGCUGAGUGCUACGGUGCUGGCCCCCUCCGAGCUGCAGCGCGUCGCGGGGCUGGGACGGAUUGCGGCGAUUGAGCUGGUGCCGGAGCCCAGGCUGGGUCUGAAGAUGCAGAUAGCUUCACUCCCAAUUCAUGCGCUGGUCUUCGUGUUGUGGACGCCGUCCAUCUUCGAGCUGGUCCUUUUUGCGGUGAGCGAGGUGAUUUGUUUGGCUUCGGUGCUGCUGGUGUAUAUCAACCGUGACUCCACGCUCUCCAAGCAGGUGGUGUCCACCAUCUUUGCGGAGCGGUGUGCACAGGAAGCCACCAGCAUGGCAGAUGCGCUGAAGCGUUUGUUGAGCAUCACCUGCGAUGCCACGGCCUCCAUUUCAAAGGAUUUGCAGAUUGGCAUGCCCUCCGAGAGCUUCCUAGGCCUGCUCAGAGCCACUCGACAGGCCAUUGGCCAGCCCUUCACGGACUUCGUGAGCUCGCACGACCAGGCGCGCUUCCAUUCCAUGGUGGAGCUGGCCGGCUCGUCCCCGGACUCGUCUCCCAUCACUGGGCCGCUCCGCUUGGCCGACGCGAACGGCGUCACCUUUAAGGCCAAGGUCUUCCUGGUGAAGCUUGCCGAGGCGGGACACUUCGUGGGCCUCACCCGCGACGAGCACGAGGAGCACCUGAGUGAGCACGGACUGGAUGGAGGCGCGAGCGACAUGCGGUUCUUGGUGGGACGGCAGUCGCGGAUCUUCUCCGAGGAGAACCCUACGGAGACCGUACCGUCCCAGUGCAUCCAAGAGUUGAAGGAACUGGAGAAGAUCACCCUGCUGGUGGAUGCUCUGUCCGAGGAGGAGGGCUUCAUCCUCCGCUCGGUCACCUUCGACUUUUCGGAGCCGUCGGAGCAGGUGAAGGUGCAGCAGUUGCCCAACCUACUGGAAUGGCUCGAGCACCGCUGCCGUUCGUCAGUGCGAGAUUGGGUGCAAGCAGAGGUGCAGCCCCGCGCAAAACCGAGGAAAACACAGGGGGUGGAUUUCCGACGUGGAGGGAGGAUCCUUUUUCUUAAACCUGCGCAAAACGUGGAGGGCGGGGCCUUGAUUGCUCACCUACAACAGCAAGAGCAAGACAUGCCUUGCUUGGACUUAUUCUUGAUGCCGUGUAGCACCAAGGAAAAGAACUUGAAGCUGGCAGAUUGCAUCAGCUGA